AUGGCUACGGCUUCCCCACAGGAGCCCAAUGAGCAUAGCUCGGGCUCGAGCGAAACCAAGUCGCCCACAGGCUUUUCUCCAAUUCGCACAGGAACCUACACCACAGAAGACCCUGAAAAGCAAGAGACAAAUCCCGAAAACACUGACCAAACCAUCUCUAACACUCUCCUCCGACAACUCUCAACAAGAUCCGGCAUCUCCGGAGAAAAGAACGAAGAAUGGGCCGAGAUCCAGCGGCUGAUGUCGCGCAUGUUUGGCCGUCAGAGACAGGCACAGUCAGAGGAGGAAAAGACGAGGCAUGUUGGUGUUAUUUGGAAGAAUCUUACUGUAAAAGGUGUUGGACUUGGUGCUGCUCUUCAGCCGUCUGUGGGAGAUGUCUUUCUUGGGCUGCCUCGGCUGUUGAAGGGGUUGCUUUCUCGAGGUAGAAAAGGGGCGGGCAAGAGUGCUCCUGUCAAGACAAUCUUGAAUGAUUUUACCGGUUGUGUACGCCCGGGAGAGAUGCUGCUUGUUCUUGGUCGACCAGGGUCAGGGUGCUCAACAUUCCUGAAAACCAUUGGCAACCAAAGAGCCGGGUAUGAAAGUAUCGAAGGCGAUGUGUCCUAUGGCGGAACAGAUCCCACGACCAUGGCGAAAAAUUAUAGAUCAGAAGUAUCAUACAACCCCGAAGAUGAUCUGCAUUACGCUACCCUGACAGUAAAACAAACCCUCAUGUUUGCUCUCCAAACUCGAACUCCCGGGAAAGAAUCUCGCAAUGAAGGAGAGAGCAGAGAAGAGUAUCAAAAGACUUUUCUCAGUGCGAUAGCGAAACUGUUCUGGAUAGAACACACAAUGGACACAAAAGUGGGCGAUGCAUUGAUACACGGGAUUUCUGGCGGCGAGAAGAAGCGUGUCUCUAUUGCUGAAGCUAUGAUCACCAAAGCAAGCACACAGUGCUGGGAUAAUUCGACCAGAGGCCUGGAUGCGAGCACCGCCUUGGAGUAUGUCCAGAGUCUGCGGAGUCUGACAGAUAUGGCACAUGUUUCAACCUUGGUUGCGCUAUAUCAGGCGGCAGAAAGCCUAUACGAUUUGUUUGACAAAGUUGUGUUGAUUGAAGAAGGCCGAUGCGCCUACUUCGGUCGAACAGUGGAUGCUAAAGCCUACUUUGAGAAUCUGGGUUUUGAAUGCCCUCCGCGCUGGACAACCCCCGACUUUUUGACAUCCGUUAGUGAUCCACAUGCUAGACGAGUAAAGUCGGGCUGGGAAGAUAGAAUUCCGCGUACAGCAGAAGAGUUUGAAAGUGCCUAUCUCAACAGCGAUGAGCGGGCCUUGGCUGUCAAGGAUGUCGAGGAUUUCAAAAAGGAGCUGGAUAAGCAACAACUUGAUCGCGAAGCUGCUCGCAAAAAAAUCAAACAGAGGAACUUCACCCUUUCAUUUCAGAAACAGGUCCUUGCGCUUACAAAGCGCCAAUUUCUAGUGAUGACUGGAGACAAACAGUCUCUUUAUGGAAAAUGGUGUAUGCUUUUGUUCCAGGCCCUGAUUGUUGGAAGUUUGUUUUAUAAUCUUCAACCAAACAGUACUGGUGUCUUCCCCAGAGGAGGAGUCAUGUUCUUCAUGCUCCUUUUCAAUUCCCUACUUGCCCUUGCUGAGCUCACCGCGACGUUUUCAAGUCGGCCAAUUUUGAUGAAACAUAAAAGCUUCUCAUUCUACCGUCCGUCUGCUUAUGCCCUAGCCCAGGUUGUCGUCGAUAUGCCUCUGGUCCUUUUUCAAGUAGUAUUAUUUGAUAUAGUGGUCUACUUCAUGGCAAACCUAUCACGAACAGCUUCGCAAUUCUUCAUCAGUCUUUUGUUUUUGUUCAUUCUCACUAUGACACUAUAUUCGUUUUUUCGAGCAGUGGGGGCCCUCUGUCCCUCGCUCGAUGUUGCCACUCGAGUCACUGGUGUUGCGUUACAAGCAUUAAUCGUCUACACUGGAUACUUAAUUCCCCCAUGGAAAAUGCACCCAUGGCUCAAAUGGCUAAUAUGGAUUAACCCUGUCCAGUACGCAUUUGAAGCGUUAAUGGGAAACGAAUUCCACCACCUCAAUAUCGAAUGCACCCCUCCAUAUCUGGUCCCCGAAGGCCCUAAUGCCACCCCACAGCAUCAAAGUUGCUUAAUCCAGGGGAGCGAACCGGGGCAAACAAUCGUGAGGGGCUCAAAUUAUAUUCAAACGGCGUACACAUACUCACGGUCUCAUAUGUGGCGCAAUUUCGGUAUCAUUAUUGCCUGGUUCCUUUUCUUUGUGACUUUGACAAUGAUAGGAAUGGAGAUGCAAAGACCUAAUAAGGGAGGCAGUUCUGUGACUAUCUUUCUGAGAGGUCAGGCUCCCAAGGGUGUAGACGAUGCUCUGAAAAAUAAGACAUCUCCGGGGGACGAAGAAGCUGGCGAUCAGACCAAUCGUAGUGCACAAAACACGGAAAACGAACCCGACGCCUCGGAAAAUCAGGUGGAAGGUAUUGCUCAAAAUACUGCCAUAUUCACGUGGCAGAAUGUGAACUAUGAUAUUCCUGUCAAAGGGGGUCAGAAGCGGCUUCUGGAUGACGUCCAAGGCUACGUCAAGCCUGGUCGUCUCACGGCAAUGAUGGGGGCUUCUGGUGCUGGAAAAACAACACUUCUCAAUGUACUUGCUCAGAGAGUCAACGUCGGAGUUGUCAAGGGUGAUUUUUUAAUAAACGGCCGAACUUUGCCAAAAAGCUUCCAGCGGGCCACGGGAUUCGCAGAGCAAGUGGACGUUCACGAACCCACUGCAACAGUCCGCGAAUGCCUGAGAUUCUCAGCAAAACUCCGACAGCCUCGAGAGAUCCCUCUAAAGGAAAAGUACGAUUACUGUGAGAAAGUCAUUGAUCUCUUGGAAAUGCGAUCGCUUGCCGGCGCAACAGUUGGUUCUGGCGGAUCCGGAUUGAACCAAGAGCAGCGAAAGCGUCUUACAAUCGCCGUCGAACUCGCUAGUAAGCCCGAGUUGCUUCUUUUCCUUGACGAACCGACAUCCGGACUAGACUCGCUUGCUGCGUACAAUAUCGUGCGGUUCCUUCGUCGUCUUGCAGACGCGGGACAAGCUGUUUUGUGCACAAUUCACCAGCCGUCGGCUGUAUUGUUUGAAAAAUUUGAUGACCUCGUAUUGCUAAAGAGUGGUGGCCGGGUUGUCUAUCAUGGAGAGCUCGGCGCAGAUAGUCGAACUUUGCUAAACUAUUUUGAAAGGAACGGAGGCAAGCAGUGCCCCAAUGAUGCCAACCCUGCAGAGUACAUGUUGGAAGUCAUCGGGGCCGGGAAUCCAGAUUAUAAAGGCAAAGACUGGGGAGAUGUUUGGGCUAAGUCUGAAGAAAACAAACAUCGUACUGAAGAAAUCCAAGAAAUCGUUAACUCACGUCGCAACCAAAAGACCGGCGAAGAAACAAAAGAUGAUAGAGAAUAUGCGAUGCCAGUUUGGACUCAGAUCUUGGUUACUACCAAACGCUCGUUCGUUACCUAUUGGCGUUCCCCUGAAUAUAUUAUCGGAAAAUUCAUGCUACACAUAUUUACCGGUCUUUUUAAUACAUUUACAUUUUGGAAGCUAGGGCACAGCUACAUCGACAUGCAAUCACGAUUGUUUUCCGUUUUCAUGACCCUCACCAUCUGCCCUCCACUUAUCCAGCAACUUCAACCUCGAUUCUUACAUUUCCGAAAUAUGUAUGAGUCGCGUGAGGGCAAGGCAAAAAUAUACUCUUGGACUGCAUUUGUAACGAGUGCUAUUCUCCCCGAAAUCCCGUACUCGAUCGUCGCGGGUUCUAUAUACUUCAACUGUUGGUACUGGGGAGUUGGAUUUCCUCGCGACUCGUUCACGGCUGGUUUCACAUAUAUCCUCGUACUUCUCUUUGAGCUCUUCUACAUUGGCUUCGGACAAUUCAUCGCUGCGCUAUCUCCCAAUGAGCUAUUCGCAUCGCUACUUGUUCCUGCAUUUUUCACUUUUGUGGUAUCGUUUUGCGGCGUUGUGGUGCCUUAUAUGGCGCUUCCUUCGUUCUGGAGAUCGUGGAUGUACUGGCUCACCCCGUUCAAAUAUCUGCUCGAGGCAUAUCUGGGCGUCGUGGUGCAUAAACAAUCUGUUCAGUGCAUUGGUCGUGAGGAGGCCAAGUUCAGUCCACCGCCGGGAAUGACCUGUCAAGGUUAUGCCGGCGCAUUUGCCGCGCAGUCUGGCGGCUAUGUCCAGGAUUCUGGCAAUGGGAUGUGUUCAUUCUGCCAGUACUCAACCGGCGAUCAAUUUGCCGAGGGCUUUAAUGUAUCCUAUUCGAACAAGUGGCGGAAUUUCGGAAUAUUCUGGGCAUAUAUAGGGUUUAAUUUUGCAGCCGUGUUCUUCCUCUCGUGGCUAUAUCUUCAUGGUACUCAACAUAUUAAGGCUCUUGUUAGUACUCGCAAGUCGAGGAAAGCAAAAUUAGAGCAAUCUGAGAGCGAGGAAAAGCUCAGUCAUGGGAAUCAGUGA